UCCUUUAUAAAGGCAGAAUCGAUGGAUAUUCAAGGUGUUGCAUAUAUGUGAAUUAAGGGCAUUUGGAGAGGAAAUCGUGAUUGUUUGAAGCAAUGGCCAACCGGCCCUACCACAUGAGCAGUGGAGCAGGGCCAUCCAGGCAACAUCAAGCCCAAGCUAUGGCCGGUUUGACCCCAAGAGGUCGAGGGAUGGGUCAGCGACACCCAGGGGCACCGAUGAGUGACCAGAAAGCUAAGACGGUUCUGAAGGAAGCUGUGGAUGCAGUGGUCAAUAGCUUUGCCAAGCACACUCAAGGUUAUGGCAGAGUUAAUGUAGUGGAAGCCUUGCAGGACUUCUGGCAAAUGAAAGCUUCUCGAGGUGCUGAACUUAAAGGAGGCCCUCUAGUGAUCUAUGAAUCAGUGCCUUCCUCCUGUCCUCCGUAUGUUUGCUUUGUCACCCUACCAGGAGGUAGCUGCUUCGCUAGUUUCCAGAACUGCCCAACCAAGGCUGAGGCUCGACGCAGUGCAGCCAAGAUUGCCUUGAUGAACUCUGUAUUCAAUGAACAUCCAUCAAGGAAAAUCACAGAUGACUUCAUUCAGAAGGCCGUCACUGAUGCCAAGAAGUCUUUCCAGGGUUCUCCAGAGGAUGAGAAUGAUCCUAACACCAGCCUUGGUGCCUUCCGCUUCAUGCUUGAAUCCAACCGUACCAAGUCUAUGCUGGAAUUCCAAGAGCUGAUGACCGUCUUCCAACUGCUGCAUUGGAAUGGUAGUCUGAAGGCCAUGCGUGAGCGUGACUGCUCUCGUCAAGAGGUUCUAGCCCACUACUCUCACCGGACCCUUGACGACGACAUGAGAAGCCAGAUGGCCUUGGAUUGGAUCUCCAGGGAGCAGGAGAUCGCUGGUAUCAUUGCUGAGGAGCUCCAGCGAGCUGAUGACGAGAUCGAGACGGCAAGAUUGGCUGGUAGAGAGCUGAGAUUCCCAAAGGAGAAGAAAGAUAUUCUGAUGUUGGCUUGCAGCCAGCUGGGCCCCGGCUAGGCAAGUAUCCACUUCAACUACUCGAUAUCCCAAAAUCUGUCUCUGGAUUGGAAUAUUUCUGGGUCUGCUUUAAGCUGCUUGCCUUACCAACCACUCUUUCAUAUGUACAGGUGGCUUAAUGUUGUUUUUUGUGUAUUGUCAUUUUCUCAGUAAUGGAUGUUAGGGAAUUCUGGAAGCUUCUUAAUGAUAGAUGCCCUGUCAGGGUUUAGGUUAUGCUUUAACUCUUAUCUACCCAAACUCCAUCAAAAUCUAUCCUUCCAUUUUUGGUGGUUUUCAUACAUGCACGUGUACGUACAUGUAUGAUACAGAAGACCUGAAGUGACCAGAUGUUGGUGAAUUAUGAUGGACUUGGUCCAGGAGGCCUGAAACACUGCUAGGGCAUUCAGUGCAUGUUGUCAUGGCAACAUAUCUGAUGAAGUCAUGUAAGCCAUGUAUGUUACAUGUACAGUGUAGGUACAUCAACAAAGACCACCAUCUCAGUGGUGGACUUUGAAGCAAGCAAUGUGGAUUGCACAUGGUGUGUUGGAUUGUUGGAUUUGGUCCAUUGCCUUGUAAAGGACACUGGACUGUUAGGGUUAAUCCAUACUAAUCCAUCAAAUUCUGCUUAUUGUACAUGUAGUCAGUUUGAGUUGAGCUGGUACAAGUUGGUCACUAUGACUUGUGUAGAUUCAGUGUACAUGUACACUGUGUUUUGAAGGAACAGUACCAAAAUGAGAUAGAUGUAGCACUUGGGGGAUCUUGCUUUGUAUGAUAGUUUCAUCUGAGCAAGAAAUGGAAUUUCUAAACAAAGGCAUUCAGUCCAUUGAAUUCAAAGUACCAAAAACUCCACAGUCAUUCAACUAGAUAAAAAAAACUAAUGGAUAAGAAUUUCAAAUAAACUCAAUCAUGAAAAUAAUCAUUGCAAUUCUUUUUUUUCCCCAUCUGGUCACUGUUUUAAUUAUCACAUUCGGAGGUUGUGGAUAACAUAAAUUUUAUAUCAGUUUAAAUGCAGAAGUAUUGAUGCAUAUUUUACGUCUUUAGCCAAGUACAUGUACUUUAAUCUACUUUUACUGGUGUAGGUUCAGAUUGAUUUAAUGUAUCAUUUUUUACCUUCAGUUACACGGUAGACGAGGUCAUGUUUACAUAUCUGUUGUUCCUUAAAGUUGAAUGUGCAUGCAAACUGUCCAUGUACAUCUAGUCAACUGCACUUUAAAUUACAUUUUACAGCAAGUUUCCAAGAAUUUAUAUCGAGAAAAAUUCCACCUGUUAUUAUCAGAAGUAUUGCAUAAUAAAUGUGAGGCACAUUGUUGAUAAUGUUGGUUUUGGUUAUUGUCCUUGAUACAUGUACCACCUGCUGACUUAUAAAUCAGGUACAGGCCGUUGGACUCUCAUACAAUAACCAACAGUUAUCAGCAACACACUGAUUCUUGGUUUGAAAUCAGUGUGGGAUAUUAUGCACCAAGUAUAUAUACAUGUACCGGUAGACUUCUGUGACCAACUGAUUAACCAUGGCCUCACCAAUUUUAAUGUUAGUUUCGUUUUGUUUACUUUUCCCCUGUAUGGUGCUAUCUUGCUUGUUAGACUAACUUACAUGUACAUGUAUUUACACACUAAUUUGUAUACAUGUAAUUCUGUUAAAUUUAUCGCAUGCAUAAUAAAUUAUUGCAUGUUCUACUACUCAUUAACGUGAUUAUUUUGAGUUACAUUUGGGUCAUUCUAUAAAGCCGGGGCUUCCAUUUUUUACGUCCCUGUUACAUCAAGCAUAUGAUUUUUUUAAUGUUUAGAACUCAUUAUUUAAUUUCCAAGAUGAAAUUACCAGCCAAACAAAUAAACAUGGUUUGAAAUCAAUAUCAUCGAUACAUCUUUUGUCAAAGUCUGCAUUUCAGAUGUCACACAUCGGAUCCCAAAUUUAUAGAAUGGCCCAUUUUCAAGUUCCACACGUAUUUUGAGGGUUGUUUUUGAGUGGGGCUGGUUGUACGCUUUCCAUAUUUAAUUGAUUUACAUGAAUAAAGUCUCAGCCAUACAGUUCGCUUCGUCACCGUAAUGGGUCCCAAACCUGUCUGUUUUCAGAUAUCAUUCUUGUGAUUGGAGGAUGUACACACGUACAUUGUACAUACUCCUCCCAAAUUUGUGAUUGAAAUAAUAAAGAAUCGUAACUGGAUUUGCAGAGAUGAAUCUCGAUGAGUCGGUUAGAUUUGGGGAACAUCUUUUUUACUAUAAAGGAGUGCAUCACCUCAUACGCAUUUACCCAUAGAUUGGUAUCUAAUUAAUGACAUCAUUGGUCAUUUUCUUAAUAAAAGGACUUUAGCAGACCAAGAUUUGAAUUACCCUCAUGUCAUUUUGAAAUCACUUUUGAGUGAAAAGACGUCCCAUCCGUUUAAGUUUUUUAUGUUUCAGAGAUUUUUAUAAAAUAUUGUAUUCUUCUGCAUUCCAUCAUUCCUUACAAACAUUUAAUUUUACAACAGCAUUUUUACGUGUAUUUAUUUUAGAAUUUUCAACCUGGUUCGGGUGUAGGGGAACUUGUAAAGUGCGCCCUCAAUGUGUGUCAGUUUUUUCCUCCUUGUGUGAUAUGCACGAUUGGACAUACAUGUACGUGUACUGCACUCGCAUUAUUUUUACAACUAAAACGAUCCCCAGUGAUGGCGCACUGUUUAAUUAAGCUCUCUGCACAAGUUAUCAUGGUCACUUUUUGUUUACUCCCAGAGACAUGUAUGUGUAAAUGACCUAUCGCGGUAGAAAAAUACCAACACCCCUUAUGAAAUAUCGUCCAGUUACUUGAUUACAAAGUGGACGCGGUACGCGCAAAAUCUCAGACAACCAAAACUCCGCUGACAAAAUUCCACAUGGUUACUUACAAAGGGUGUGGCUGACUCGUAAAAGGCGAUAGGUCAGUUUACUAGGUGGUUGUGUCUUUAUGCGUGUAAAGGUAUUGCUUUUUCUUUCAUGUUGCCGAUUCUAAAGAGUUUAUUCUUGCAUGCCACAUAUUUGUUUAAAGCUUGUAGUUUAGUUGUUAAGUUUGGCAACUCUAAAUAUUUAUAAAUUAUGCGUUUUUCUUCAUGAUACGCAAUUGCAUUUUUUGUGUUUGGUUUGGUGUGAAAGGUUAAUACAUGUAGUAUUUUAUUCAGUUGAAUUUUGUGCCACAUUUGAAGUAAUAAUAUUAAUAUUUCUUGUUUUAUUUAGUGUUUUUUCAAAUUGACGUGUCUUUACGUACGAGUACUUGUCGGUAUUCCGACAGCGCAUGCCCAAAAUGAAGGGCGUCCAUGUCAUUCAGGAACAGGGGUACGCGUUCUUAAAUGUUGAAACUAUAGCUCAUUGGUUUCAGUACUUGAUGGGCUGUGUAAUUGAUGCACCUGAUUUGAGAGGAGUCGCAUCCUGAUGUACCGGUACAUGUACAACAUGUUUCAUUUGGGGCACCACACCACAAAAGUUUUGGGAUUUUUUUCUCAUUCCUCUGUUGGCUGUCACGAUAUAAAGCUACUCCUGCACGAGUGGUAGCCAAGGCACAUGUAGGCACUUCUCUGUAUGUUGGAGGGGGAGGGCUGACAGAUGAGAAUGGAGGGGUGUAGCUUACAUGUACGUCGCCUCUUCCUUUGCCCAUGCACUGUACAGUUAAAAGAUUUUGUAACCAACGAUGACAUGGUAGUCUGUGUGAAAGCAUUAUAUGCGGUUAUCUUGCAGUUAUCAAACAGGCCACUACCAACAAUCAAUGUAGUCAUGUACAUUUAACGGGUGUUGCACCGACAUACAUGUAUAUUCACAAUACUACAUGUAUAUGCCAGUGUUAGUCCAAGAGCUUACGAAAAAAUUGUAAACGUUCUUGGGUAAUUGGACUCGAAUCCCACGACCUCCCGCCUACCUAUACGCCUACCAGUGCACACCUCUGAGCUUAAAGUGUUGUGAAUAUUCAUUUGUGUGUGGGCAAAACCUGUUACUAAAAAUUAACAUCUUCCCGAUGCAGAGUACAUCUUGUCUGACAUCAAAGUCGUGUUCAAGGAUCCACUCCGUAAUGUUCAUAAUCUAUAUCUUAUUUUCAUUGUACAUUUUCCAAUACUCAUUGAUUUACGUUAAAUAAAGGCUGAGUUUAAAAAUUAUA